GUGACAGGGGACCGUAGUUCUCCUCAGGUGUUACGUAACCUGGGCUUGAAAACCGGGGACAAAUAUCUGCAGAGAACCCCUGCAAGCACCAUGCUUUAUGUUGCAACGAAUCUGACUCCUUACCCUGAGUACCUCAGGUGCCCAUGGACUGGACAAUGAGGCUGGUGGCAGCAGCCCUGUUUCUGGGCCUCACAGUGGUGGUCACCAGAGCCCAGGUGAGAAUGAGCCAGUGUGCCAGCACGCCUGUGCCGAAUGAGGAUGCUGGCUUCUGCAGGGGCAACCUUGAAGUUUCCUACACAGAGCUGCAGAACAUCAGCUGCAAGGUAGUUCCCAACUGCAACAACUACCGGGAGAAGAUCACCACCUGGCCGCCACCACUGGUCAAGUACCCAGGGGCUUCGGAGACAGCAACCUACCUGCUGGUGAUGGUGGACCCCGACGCCCCGAGCAGGUCUACGCCCCUGGCUCGGUUCUGGAGACACUGGCUAGUGACAAACAUCACAGGCACUAACAUGAAGACAGGGAGGAUCCAGGGCCAGGAGUUAUCACCCUACCAGCCUCCCACCCCACCACCACGAACUGGCUUCCAUCGCUACCAGUUCUUAGUCUAUCGUCUGAGUACACAGAACAUCUCUCUCCUUCCAGAAGAAACCGGAAGUCCAGGUGCUUGGCAACUGGACCAAUUUCAGGUACGAUUCAACCUGGGCAUAUCUGAAGCAGCCACCCAGUUCAUGACCCAAAAUCACAUGGACUCACCACCUGUCCGGGCUCCUGGAGGAGGAGGCAGUGUCCAGGCUCCCCCCACAGGAGGGAGCAGUGAGCCCAAAUACAAACCCAAACAGGCCUCAGGCCUCGCCUUGCCAGCAUGCAUCCACAUUGCCUACCACCUAUGGUCUGGGUGA